UAUUUCCUAUAAACACGUUUUAAAACUCGCGACGCGUUUAGUAGCAGAGAGCAGCUCUUUAUAAAGGCAGAUCCGAUCUCCCGAUGCUUAUCCGGCUUGAUUAGUCUUGCCUGGGCGGCCAGACACGCAGCAAAGCGCCUCACUGGAAACAAAACGCUGUUUGCUGCCUUCAGUUGGUUUAUUCACGUCUGCAAAAGUAACACCGCUUCAGCCUGCAGGGAUGCUGCCACUGAAGGAGAAGGAUAAACCCAUCGUCCAGAAGCUGUUGUCAGCUGGCUGCUGUGCCCGCUGCGUCCUCAGAUUCUGCUGCGUGACCGUCCAGGCCGCCUUCCGACAAGCACAGCAUGAGACCCUUAAAGACCUUCGGGCUUUUAUCGCGGACAAGGAAACCAGCAAAGUCCAGGAUUCAACGGGCCAGAGCUCCACCUGUGAGACGGAGUCCCAAGAUGCAGCGUUGUCUGAAAGCGACGCGGACCCCCCCUGUAAAAGAGCCAAGCUGGAUCCCACGACAGAGACUGUUCAGUCAGAAGAGGGCUCUGAUGCCCUGGAGAACGUGGAGUCACGCGUGUGUGUAGUGUGUCUGGGAAUCCUGCAAGAUUCAUGUGGCCCAGAUCUGGCUGUAAAGAUUGCUGAGACAGUGAAGGCCCAAAACUACCAGUUUGACACGCUGGUCCUGUCCAUCUCUCUGCCGGCUCAGCUCUGUGUGCGGGAGCAUUCCUGUUGGCUCCAUGUGAAGAAGGAAGUCAGAGCGAAGAGCUUAGUGCUCGACAAGGACGAUAUAAUCCAGGUGAAGGAGGCCUUCAAGUGGAUCAUGCAGGGUCUGGUCACAAAGGAGCUUGGGGGCGUGGCUGUCGUUGGCAAGAGCCCGUUUGAGGUCGGUAUGGAGUUCACUCACCCAGAAACAGAAUCUGACUGCCACUUCCUAGCCAAAUCCUGUCCUGACUGCUUCAAAGCCACCAAGAACAAACAGUCGGUGUUCACCCGCAUGGCCGUGGUCAAAGCUCUGGAAAAAAUAUCGGACGCGAGGUUUUUACAAAUGUACCCUUGUCCACCAGUAGAGCCGAGCUGCAGCUGCACCCUUCAGGACAUCAAGUGUCUGCACGUGUCUGUUUUCAUAGCAGGGAGGUACAACAAGUUCUGCCGCAGCCUGCCUCAGACUCCCUGGGUGAUCGAUGGGGAGAGGAGGAUGGAGUCCUCUGUGGAGGAGCUGAUCGCAGCACCCAUCUUGUCUGCCUUCAGAGCCGAUGGGUUUAAUUUCUCCUCCUCGGGCAGAGAGGACGUGGAUGUCCGAACUCUCGGAAAUGGACGUCCAUUUGCCAUGGAGCUGCUGAAUCCACACAGAUCUCGGUUCGGCAGAGCGGAGAUAAAGCAGCUUCAGGAGACUAUAAACAAGUCCUCAGAUAAAGUCAGAGUGAGAGACCUGCAGAUCGUGAGCAGAGAGGCCAUGAGCCGGAUGAAGGAGGGGGAAGAAGAAAAGACAAAGACCUACACGGCGCUCGUCUGGACUCAGAGGGCUAUCGAGAAGGAAGACAUUAGCUUUAUUAAUGACAUCAAGGAACUGACUCUGGACCAGAAGACUCCUCUGAGGGUUUUGCACCGACGGGCAUUGGCCAUCCGGCAGAGGGUCGUCCACAGCAUGAACGUCCGCUUUGUGGACUCUCAUCAUUUCUACCUUGGACUGAAAACGCAGGCUGGAACCUACAUCAAGGAGUUCGUCCAUGGAGACUUUGGCCGCACCAAGCCGAACGUGUGUGAGCUGCUGAAGACCGAUGCGGACAUCCUGGAGCUGGACGUGGAGUCUGUGGAUGUGGACUGGCCUCCGCCCAUACCUGAGUGAAAGAUGCCCUCCCACUCCACGACGGGCCUUAUCGUGUCCUCAGAGGGUGCAGCUUUCAGCGGACUGGUUCUGUGAGAGCUCGGCACUGAACGGAUCCUUCUAAGCGCUGCUGGGAGGCUGGAGAGUCUGGAGUCCUCCUGGCAGACUAUGUUCUGCCUGUUUUAAAGUCUGGUUCAGCUUUUUUGUUUGAGUGGACGUCACCUGUGACUGUAUCUUCAGUUAAAUUGCCUGAUAUGUUUAACAGCCCUAACUGGUUCUUUUGGGAAACAUUUAAAUUAGGCAAUUUUUGUAGCUAUGGCCGCUUGAAGAUGCAUCAAAGGUUUAUACGCUGGUUGAACAGAGACGGGGACACUUUUAGACUGUCAAUGUUUUCAUUUACUUUUGCUUUCUAACCAGCCAGCCUGUUUUUGAAGGUAUUUUUUUUUAUCAUAAUGAGGGCUGUUUUUAUUUGAUUUUGUGUCUCUGUUAAAAAGUCAAGCUGAAGUAUUUAAAGGAUCUGAGUGUAGGAUGUAAGAGGCGUUGAGGCCUUUUAACCUGAGAGCAAAAGGUAAAGUCAGCAUAUUUUUUUGCCAAACCCCAUUCAGAGGUGGAUAUAUCCACAUCAGCAUUUGUUUGCAUUCAUUGUACAAAUUUCCAAAAAGAUUAAUUAAAAAUUAAGAAAUUGAAAAAAUAAAUCUUCUAAUGUAGCAGCA